AUGGCGGCCGGAAACCCGGGCACGGCGCUGGAUCUUGGCUGGAUCUCAAAAGUGUAUGUGAAUCGAGCUGCAGUUGAAAGGCAUGUAGAACGAAUUCAAGAGCAGAGAACUGUGAAAAGUAAUUGGCGAGCUGCUUGGCUACUCAAAGCUGUCACCUGCAUGGACCUUACCACUCUUUCAGGUGAUGAUACUCCUUCAAAUGUUCACAGAAUGUGUUACAAAGCUAAGCAUCCCAUCAGAGAGGAUCUCCUGAAAGCCAUGGACAUGCAUGAUAAAGGUAUUACUGUUGCAGCCGUCUGUGUAUAUCCUACUAGAGUCACUGACGCCGUUAAUGCCCUAAAGGCUGCAGGAUGUAACAUACCAGUAGCUUCAGUGGCUGGUGGUUUUCCCUCUGGACAGAUGCCUCUACAAACGCGAGUGGCUGAAAUAAAGCUGGCUGUGGAAUAUGGUGCCAGAGAGAUUGAUAUUGUCAUUAACAGGGCUCUGGUGCUGACUGGCCAGUGGGAAGAACUGUAUGAGGAGAUCCGUCAGUGUCGUGAGGCCUGUGGAGAUGCUCAUAUGAAAACAAUCUUAUCAACGGGUGAACUAGGGUCCCUUGGUAAUGUCUACAAAGCCAGUAUGAUAGCUAUGAUGGCAGGUUCUGAUUUUAUAAAGACAUCUACAGGAAAAGAAGUUGUAAAUGCCACCCUCCCGGUUGGAGUAGUUAUGAUGCGAGCCAUUAGGGAUUUCUACUGGAAAACUGGCAACAAGGUUGGCUUUAAACCUGCUGGGGGCAUUCGGACAGCAAAAGAUGCUAUUUCUUGGCUUAUGCUGGUGCACGAGGAGCUAGGAGUGGAGUGGCUAAAACCAGAGCUCUUUCGCCUGGGUGCCAGUAGUUUGUUGGAAGAUAUCGAGAAACAGAUUUUCCUCCAUGUGACUGGCAAUUACGCAGUUUGUCAUGACUUGCCAAUGGCUUAGGCGCAAAAUCAACUCAAGAUUAGUUUUCAUAAAAAGAGAUCUUUAAGAAAAUAACACCCAGAAAUCUUCUGACAUCCAAGUGCAUAUGAUGG